AGAAACCGCAAAGGUAAGAAGCGUGUGCGUUUAUUUCGCGUAAAGAAUUAUACAGGUUACCUCCGUUCAAAGACAGAGAUUUCUUUAAUUGUGUAUUUAACUUGAACAAAAUCGUCUGCCUCAGUGCAGAACAUUUUGUCGGAGGAAGCCCUACUUUAUUACAUAUAUCAAGCUUCGUUUACGACUGAUCGAUAAAACCUCUUGGGAAGAUGCCUUCCAUUCAAAUUAAUGAAGUCUCCUUCUUCGUCAAUGGAAAAAAGGUUACAGACAACAAUGUGCAACCAGAGACAACACUUCUGCAGUAUCUUCGUAAUACGCUCAGAUUACCAGGAACAAAGCUUGGUUGUAGUGAAGGAGGAUGUGGAGCUUGUACAGUAAUGCUGUCCAAGUAUAAUACCAGCAACAACAAAAUUAGACACUUUUCAGCCAAUGCUUGUCUUACACCAGUUUGUUCAGUGGAUGGUAUGGCUGUUACCACUGUUGAAGGAAUUGGGUCAACCAAAACAAGACUACAUCCUGUACAGGAAAGACUUGCUAAAGCGCAUGGUUCACAGUGUGGUUUUUGUACACCUGGUAUUGUGAUGUCCAUGUACACACUAUUGAGAAACAACCCUCUGCCGACCAUGAAAGACAUGGAAAGUGCUUUUGAAGGUAACCUUUGCCGAUGUACUGGUUACAGAGCAAUUCUUGAUGGAUAUAAAACAUUUACAAAGGAAUUUGUGUGCUGUGGAGGUAGUAAUGGGAAUGGAUGUUGCAUGCAGCAAACAAAUGGCAAAACUAAUGGAGUAUCAAAUGGUUAUGAAUCGCAAGAAAAUGUUUCCAGUCAGUUGUUUGAUGCCAAGGAAUUUCUUCCACUUGAUCCAACGCAAGAGCCAAUCUUUCCACCAGAGCUAAUGCUACCACAGGCAACCCAACCAAGAACUUUGCACAUCAAGGGUGACUAUGUCACUUGGAUAAGGCCAUCAUCUCUACAAGAACUUCUAGAACUCAAAAACAAGUAUCCUAAAGCCAGACUAGUUGUAGGAAACACGGAGAUAGGAAUUGAAACAAAGUUUAAGAAUCAGAAUUAUCCAAUUCAAAUUGCACCAACUCACAUCCCAGAACUGAACAUAGUACAGGAGACAGAAAGUGGUGUGACAUUUGGAUCCUCUGUUACCUUGUCAACCAUUGAAGAAACACUGAAGGAAGUUGUUGCACGGUUGCCAGAAUACAAGACAAGGGUUUAUGUAGCAAUCCUGGAGAUAUUGCGAUGGUUUGCAGGCCAGCAAAUAAGAAAUGUUGGGUGUGUUGGUGGUAAUAUCAUGACAGCUAGUCCAAUAUCAGAUUUGAAUCCAAUCUUUAUGGCAUCUGCAAGUACUCUGACGGUAGCAUCGCUCGGAGGUAAAACAAGAGAGAUCAAAUUCGAUGAACAUUUUUUUCGGGGAUACAGAAAAACAUCUCUCGAAACCAAUGAAGUCUUGGUGUCCAUCCACGUCCCCUUCACACGUCAGGACGAGUAUUUUUUCGCAUUCAAACAAGCCAGGCGUCGCGAUGAUGAUAUUGCCAUUGUUAACGCUGGCAUGAGAGUGAGACUGGACCUCACAAAGUGUGUUGUGAAGGAAUGUAGUCUUUGUUAUGGUGGGAUGGCACCUUGUACUGUCAUGGCACUGAAGACAUCUAAAGCUCUUGUUGGAAGGGCUUGGGAUGAAAGUGUUGUGGAUACGGCUUGUAGUUUGCUUGAGGAAGAUCUUCCAUUGUCAGCCAAUGCACCAGGGGGACAAGUCAGUUAUCGAAGAUCCUUAACCACUAGUUUCUUUAUGAAAUUUUAUUUGAUGGUUACAGACAAACUCAGUCAAGUCAAGGAUUCCUGUGUUACUGCUAUCGAUGAGUCCUGUCGCAGUGCCAUCAAAUACCAAGAGAAAGUCUCAUCCCAAUCAACUCAAACAUUCCAGGAGGUCCCCCCUGACCAGCCCCAAGAUGAUGUCAUUGGUCGGCCAGUGGUUCAUUUGGCUGCUUUGAAGCAAGCAAGUGGAGAAGCUGUUUAUGUAGACGACAUGCCCAAGUAUACUGACGAGUUGUACUUGGCCCUAGUCCUAAGCGAGCGAGCCCACGCUAAGAUCAAAUCUAUCGAUUCGACCAAGGCAACCACUAUGCCAGGGGUUCGUGCCUACGUCAGCGACGAAGACGUCCCUGGGUCUAAUCGCAAUGGACCAGUAAUUCAUGAUGAAUUGAUGUUCUACACUGACGAAGUGACGUCAAUAGGACAACCCAUUGGAGGUAUCUUGGCAGAAACUCAGGCCCAGGCCCAACGUGCUGCUAAGGCCGUAAAGGUUGAGUACGAAGAUCUUCCAGCUAUUGUUACAAUAGAGGACGCCAUUAAGGCUGAUUCAUUCAUGGGACCAACACUCUCCAUCAAGAAAGGCGACGUUGAAAAGGGCUUUGCUGAUAGCGAUCACGUGAUUGAAGGUGAAAUGAGAACAGGUGCACAGGAACAUUUCUACCUGGAGACGAAUUCAGCCAUUGCUGUUCCUAAAGGAGAGGACGGUGAGAUGGAGUUGUUCCACUCGACACAGAAUCCUACUUGUACUCAGGCCAUGGUUGCCACUGCUCUCGGUGUCCCUAAAAACCGCAUCGUCGUGAGAACUAAGAGAAUGGGUGGUGGAUUUGGCGGUAAAGAGACAAGGUCAUGCGUCCUUGGUGCCCUUGUUGCCAUAGCAGCAAACAAAGUUGGUCGCCCUGUGCGUUGUAUGUUGGAUCGUGAUGAAGACAUGAAAUUUUCAGGAACAAGACAUUCUUUUCUCGGAAAAUACAAAGUUGGCUUCAAAAAGGACGGCACCAUUUUAGCAUUGAAUUUACAACUGUUCAAUAACGCCGGGCACUCACUGGAUCUUUCAAAGUCUGUUAUGGAACGAGGGUUAUUUAGCACGGACAACUGCUAUCGUAUCCCUAACGUGAGAGUUGUUGGUCGAUGCUGUAAAACUAAUAUCCCAUCAAACACUGCGUUCAGAGGCUUUGGAGGACCACAGGGAAUGAUGGUCACUGAAUCUUGGAUUAACGACGUCGCUCAAGUUUGUGGAAUCUCACAAAGACAGGUCCGUGAGAUCAAUUUUUAUCAAGAAAGARAUGUGACACACUUUGGUCAGACACUAAAUGAUUGUCACGUGACUCGUGUAUGGAACGAACUCAUUGAGAAAUGCGACUACGAGAAGAGAAAACAAGAGAUUGAAGCCUUUAACAGGAGUAAUCGGUGGAAAAAACGUGGGAUAGCUUUGGUCCCUACAAAGUUUGGGAUAUCCUUUACUGCGCUGUUUCUUAAUCAGGCUGGUGCUCUGGUUCACGUAUAUACGGACGGUUCAGUAUUGGUUACGCACGGUGGUACGGAAAUGGGACAAGGGUUACACACUAAAAUUAUCCAGAUUGCAUCACGUGCAUUGGAUAUUCCUCACUCCAAGAUCCAUCUCAGCGAAACCAGCACAAAUACUGUCCCCAAUACCUCCCCCACAGCAGCAUCUGCAUCAUCUGACCUCAAUGGCAUGGCAGUCAAGAUCGCAUGCAGUCAAAUCAUCGAAAGACUGGAACCGAUUAAAAAGAAGAACCCCAAAGGAUCCUGGGAAGAUUGGGUGAAAGCAGCAUACUUCGAUCGCAUCAGUUUAUCCGCCUUUGGAUUUUACAAGACGCCCAGUAUUAAUUACGACUGGGAAACAAGCACAGGAAACCCAUUCAACUACUUUUGCUAUGGGGCAUCGUGCUCUGAAGUCGAGAUUGAUUGUCUGACAGGAGAUCAUCAGAAUUUGAGGACAGAUAUCGUGAUGGAUGUUGGUAACAGCUUGAACCCUGCUAUUGACAUUGGACAGGUGGAAGGAGGGUUUGUUCAAGGUCUUGGGUUGUUUACCAUCGAAGAAGUGCGAUUCUCUCAAAAAGGAACCUUGUGGACGACGGGGCCUGGUGCUUACAAGAUCCCAGGCUUUGCAGACAUCCCUGUAGAGUUUUAUGUUCAUCUGUUACGUAGUCAACCAAACGAGAAAGCUGUUUAUGCAUCUAAGGCUGUCGGUGAACCUCCACUCUUCCUGGCAGCUUCAAUAUUUUAUGCCAUCAAGAAUGCCAUCAUUAGUGCAAGAUGCGACGCAGGAAUUCACGAUAUGUUCAGGUUAGACACACCAGCUACAAGCGAACGUAUCAGAAUGGCUUGUACAGACAGGUUUACUAAACAGUUCCCACCAUCUAAUGAUCCCUCUGUGGAUUUCAAUGUGACGCCAUAGUGUGCUACGUCAUGCAAGGCAAAUUGGUUUCAGUGAUGUAAGAGUGGGAUUUUUUUAAAUCAUUUCUUUUUCCAAAAUUUUUCUCAUAAAACUCAUUAUCAUUAUUAAUAUUAUUGUGAACGUCGAAUGGUAGUUUGUGUAUAUUUAGUUCAUGGUAGCCGAUUUUUUUUUUACUUAUUUCUAUUAAUCACACGUUUUACUUAUUAUUUUUAAAUAUUUUUUAUAUGACAAUCCAUCGCGGUUGGUCACUGCAAUCAAUGAUUGUAAUAUUUAAAGAAAUAUUUUACUAACAUAUUUUUUACUAGAAUCUAUUUAGCUUUAUAUUCCAGAAAUAAUUCAAUGCAUUAUCCUUCCGGUGUCGUGAUGGUGAUGGGAAUACAAUAGACACGUUUGUUAGCAGCAAAUUGAGUUGCUUAACUUACUUAACCUUGACUUAGGGAAGUCCACGAAGGAGGUAACCUCCUCUGAUCUCAUUCCCUAUUCAUUCUACGUUUAUUUAAUGUAGCACUUGAUAUGUUCUAUAUAUACACCUACUUGCGAAAACGUUGUCAUAAAGAAUAGGACAUUUGUAUUUAGUAAAAAUGAAUAAAUUAAAAAAGACUGAAGAAGAUCACCGAGGCUGAACGCUUUCUUUUGUUUUGUUCUAAUUUAUUCCUUUUUACUAAAUUCGAAUGUUCUAUUUUCUUUGACAACGUUUCUGCAAGUAGGUGUAUGUUAUUAUCUAUUAUUAUAUUUUCCUAAUAAAGUUUUUCAAUAGA